GUUGAUGCCCCUUCUACUCUACUACUACUUUUCACAUUUUCGCCGACGACCGCACUGCAGGCAGCAGAUCUUUGGACGCGUUCAGACGAAGCUUGUCCAUGAGCUGAAACAGCUGAUCGGGAGCACCACGUGUAAGUGUCAAACCCGGCUUGUGAAUGUGAUGUUAUAGUGCCUUAAGAAAACGAAAGUUAUAAUUUUUGAAAUGGGUGACAUGACGGCGAAUAAAAACACCAGUGGAGAUAACGUUAAAAUCAAGAUUAUUCAGAAUGGCGCCGAAAGGAAGGAAUGUUAUGAUGAAUUCACACCACCUGACGGGGGUGCAAGGAGUUGGUUGGUGAUGUUGGGCUCGUUCUUCUGCAAUGGGAUUCUCUUUGGUGUUAUCAACUCCUACAGCAUAUUAUACAAGAGUUUUCAUGAUAAUUUGGAGAAGCAGAACGUCACUGACGCCACCAGUAAAGCAGCUCUGAUCGGAUCCUUGGCCAUGGGCACCGUUUUCUUCGUCUCUCCAGUAUCAGGCGUCCUCACAGAUUUUGCUGGAAUACGCACCACUACCUUUAUGGGCGGCCUGAUAGCCUCCACUGGCAUGCUCCUGUCGUCUUUCUGUGUGGACAACGUGGUGGCCCUCUAUUUUACAUACGGAAUCAUGUACGGUCUAGGAGGGGCCUUGGCUUAUACACCUUCCCUGGCCGUAUUGGGACAUUAUUUCAAGAAAAAACUCGGACUGGUCAACGGACUCGUGACUGCAGGCAGUUCUGCUUUUACCAUUACUAUGCCCUAUCUGAUAUCCAUAUUCUUGGAACAGUUCGGAAUAGAAUGGACCCUCAGAAUCAUAGCGUUGAUGUCGAGCUUCAUCAUGCUGUUCGCUUUUCUGUUCAAACCCGUCAAUCCGACAUUAAAGUUUAAAAAAGUGUCAUUGAAGGACGCGUUUAACGUUUCUUUAUUUAGGAACCAGAAGUAUGUUAUUUACGCCACUAUUGUGGCUUUGUCUCUUUGCGGGUACUUCGUUCCAUACGUGUACAUGGUGGCGUUCGUGCACAAAGUUUUCGGCGAGCAGGUAGACGCAAAAUUGGCGGUUUCUUGCAUCGGUAUAGCUUCCGGAUUCGGAAGGCUCGUAUUCGGUUUCAUCGGCGACCAUCCCAAGAUCAACCGGAUAUUUUUGCAACAGUUGUCAUUUCUGGUCAUAGGGAUCAGCACGAUACUACUGCCAUCAUCUGGGGACUCUUACGGGCUACUGAUAGUCCUCUUGUUGUUCUUAGGAUUGUUCGAUGGAUGUUUCAUCUCCAUUUUAGGCCCGAUAGCAUUCGAUAUAUGCGGUGCUGCGGGGGCCACCCAAGCCAUUGGCUUUCUGCUGGGACUUUGCGCCAUUCCCCUGACUGUUGGUCCUUACAUUGCCGGACUUAUUUACGAAAGUACCGAUUCGUACACGUUAUCCUUCGUCCUGGCUGGAAUCCCCCCAGUUAUAGGAUCAGUCGCUAUGUUUUUAACGAGGUGCGUUAAGGCUGAUUCGAAAGCUGUGGAUCCCAGUUCCGAAAUGUUGAAUCAAAGAUUUGACGAGAGUACAGUUACAGAGCAAACUAGUCCUGGUGAAGAAGAGCGACCCUUGUGACAGCAAGCACAUCACUAAUAUUAAUAUCAAUAAUACAUAUUUCCACGUGAAACUUAUCGCUAGGACAUGUUGGUUUUAUUUGCUAACUAUUAGAACCAUAUCACGUUUCGAAAUAUCGGGGAACAUAUACCUAAUAUAUCCUCGAUCAGCUUCUGUAUAAUAAUUUAUUUUUUCAUGGGAACAUUGAUUAUUGAUCUCAAUAAUUCGAGAAAAGGUUCAGUCAAUUUUGCUUAGAUUUUCGCAAAACCAAACCAGAAACAUUGAAUCAAUUUUAAUGGAGUUUUUUUUCUAAUGAAGAAAUUUUAUCUUGCAGUAAUUAUUCUUGAAAUAAAUAAUAAUGGGGAGAAUUGACUGAACUAUGUAGUAUCUAUUAUCUGAUUUCUUUCUAUUAUUCACUUCACCAUGGAAAUAAUAUUAACAGUACAAAUAUUAAUUAGAAUCGAAUAAUUCUUGCUUGGGUGUUAUCUGUGUAUCACAGCUUUAAACCAAUAUUUUUGAUAAAAAACUUGUUUUUAGGAAUCUUGAACUGGGUUCGUAAGAGUGAUAACAAGCCUCUGGAAUACAAUACGAUGCUCUCUUUUGACCAUAGACAAUACGACAAAUUAUCGAAUAAAUAAAAGAAAAAGGAUUUUUUAAACGAAGGGCAUUUAUGAUAUAAUGUAAAUGGGAAGAUUAUAAAGACUUUAAUUCAUUUUAGUGAUAUUACUCAGUGAAAAUUUUAUGUAUGAUAAUUUUAUUAUUUAUCUUAUUCCCACAAUUCGUUUUCCAUGCGAAUCCCUAAGAGUACAAAUAAUUCUGUGGUUUUUUUUCUAAUACAUCAAAGUUCCAUGUCAUUAAAAAUUCUUUUUCAAUUAUCGAAUCGAUUGAGUCAAAGUAGGUACAGGGUAUCUGAAACUUUGAAUCAAAAAAGCCCGAUUUCAUGAACAUAAAUGUGAAUAUGUGAUGAAAUAUGCAAUAUAUAUGAUCUUGAUACCACACAUUGAGUUUUCCAUUUUUUUUAUUGAUCAAUAUAUUAAUUUUUUUUAUUGCUUUUUCGAGCAGUUAUUUUGUAAUCAAUUUAUUUUAUCAUGCCUGCAAUUUUAUUCAGUUUUAUAAAAUCUUGUUAUUUAAUUUAUUGACAAUGAAAUUUUUCUGCAUUGGACUCCUGUAUCUUUAUCGUGGAAGAAGAGACUGACAAUAAAAAUAACUUUUUUCGCGAUAACAUUCCUGGAUAUUGUUUCCAUCUAGGUAUAUGUUAAUUAUUCUUCUUUAUAAUAUUGAGCAAAAACUCAAGUAGAGUAGGUAUAGAUUUAUGUAGAAAAUUGUCGAAAAUUUUUCACUUAAGACAUGAUUCGUUAUAAAAAAAUUUUGAUCUAUACUUGAAAUAGUCAAUUAUAAUAAUAUUAUGUAUUUUACUUGAGUGAUAAAUUUAUAACUGGUAAAUAAAUUAUGCUGUUGUU